AACAAAAGAAAAAAAUAAAUAGUAUUCUUGUUUCUCGACGAGACGAAAGAGAUAGACAGAGAAAACAAGAAAGAUAGAAGAAAACUAUUAGAAAAAAUACGAAAAAAGCGAAUCUAUCCCGAAAAUGGACCGAAAUAACAUGAGAAAUCAAAAUUCAAUGCCAAGUGGACUGCCAAAACGACCACCAAUGCCUUAUCUGGCACAACAACAUGAUGAACUGAUCAGAUACAUUCACGAUGCAUGGCACAAGAUAACAGAACCAGGCCAACACGGUACUCCAACAUUCUAUCGGAAUCCACCAGAACAGCGAUUGAAUAAUUUCCAACCUUUUGACUUGGAGAAGUGGUGGGGACACAGAGCCGUUCAAAACUAUCACAAUAUGUCACGAGGACACCAAUAAAAAUAUUCCAAAACAUCACAUACAGACAACACACAAACACACAUUCUUCAGUAUAUAAAUAUGUAAAAGAACAACUGCAUAAAUAGGAAGUUGAUUCCUAUUUGCAUGGAUUCCGUUCGAGAGACAGAUUUUUUUUCUUGUCGUAACAUUUCGUUAUAUUUUCGUACAAAACGCGCCACGAUUUAUAUACAUAACACACAUUUUGAUGUUUCUUUUUUGCUAUUAUUAUUGAAAAACAAAUGAAAAUUUUCGUCGCGAAUCGGCGACGAAACAUGCAAAGCAAUUUGUAAAGUAUUGACGAUAGUUUGUCAUAAGUAAAAACAAAAAGAAACAAUGAUUCGGGGUGAAAAACAAUUAUUAUUCCAUUUUCCAAUAUAUUUAUUUCCAAUUGUUCGUCCACAACACAAUUCAAUAAUUAACAAGAUAUAAACAUAACAAAUACACCGCGAUGAUUUGUUUUUUUAGCCUGAAUUCGGCCCAAAUUCAGCGUCAACUCUAAUUAAUGUGAGUUUAAUGUGAGGAGAAGAAUAAAUGAAAACAAAUCGAACAAA